AUGCCUCGUCAUCGUCUCCGUCGGCUGGAUUACAUCCAAGGCAUCGGUGUUGACAAAAUGGGCGACCUCGCCAAUACCGCAUCCGGACAAGAAUACCUUCGCCUCGAAAAUCUCGACGUCAACAUCCCACCCGACCCCGAGGCUAUAGCCCAUUCCAAGCUAGCGGUUACUCACGAUAAAAACAACAGCUAUCUACCAUUUACAGGUCAGACUCACCUCCGGGAUGUAGCAGCUGAACAUGUAUCCCGGCUCUCGGGCGUACAUUAUGACGGCCAAAGGAACUGCACUAUUUCUGCUGGAGGGUUGUCGGGUAUCCUUAAUGUGCUCUUGGCAACUAUUGAGGAAGGCGAUGAAGUGAUUAUGACGGAUCCGACGUAUCGUGGACUGAUCAAUCGCGUCCUUCUAGCUGGUGGAAUACCCAAGUACGUUCCGUUUAUUUUCGAGCCAGGCGGACUCUGGAAACUAGACCACCAGGCGCUCAAGUCUGCAGUUACGAGCACGACCACUGCAAUGCUACUCAUGUCACCAUCAAUGCCAAGUGGUGGGUAUUUGGAUGAGCAGGAUUGGAAGCUCGUAUCCGAAUUGUGCGUUGACAAUGAUCUGCUCCUCGUCAACGACACGGCCAUGGAGAGGCUCGACUUCGAUAAUCGUCCGGUAAUCAAUCCUGCAGGUUUUCCUGGUAUGGCAGAGCGUACCAUCACUGUAGGAACAUCCGCCAAAGAGCUGAGAAUGAUUGGAUGGAGAGUUGGUUGGAUUGUUGGACCCGAGAAUAUCAUGAAGGAUGUUGCAGCCGUCUCGAUGGCAAAUGUGAUUGUUCCAGUUGGGAUUGCUCAGGAAGCUGUGUCGAUCGCUUUAGAGCGGUCAUGGAGUUCGAAAACGGAUUCUGCAACUGAUUCCAGCUCAGAGAUGUCAACAGAUAUGGUUGAUUAUGUGGCCGAACUCCAAGCUCGACGCGACAUCGUCUUAUCUAAGCUGGAGGGAUUGCCAGUAGGAGUCCCGGCGGGUGGAUGGAGUCUUCUUUUACGGGCGACGGACUUUGGAAUUGAUGGCAACGAAGCCUCAAGACGGCUAUUAGAUCAAGGUGUCUGUGCCACGUCAAUGGAGAAUUGGGGAGGGUCUGAUGCGGGAAAGUAUAUUCGAUUUGUAUUCUCAUAUGAGACUCAAGCUCGCCUAGAGGGUUUAGGUGCUAGAGUCCGUAAAGCUUUGGAAAUCUCAUGAAGGUUACAUUUUGACACAUGCGUGCUUAUUUACGCUUUUAUGAAUAUUUGCCCUCAUUAAAAGUGAGUUGCCUCAUGUUCAAGCUUGCCAAAGUAAGCUCGCUCUCCGCUUAAUCAAGAUCACCCUCGUAUUCGGCCUCCAACUGUUAAAGCAACUUUCGAGAUCUGAGCCCUGAUCAACUGAACAUCGCAAUUAAAGCAACAAGGAAUGCAGCUUGGUGCAGGUAAAAAGCCAUAGUCCUGUAAGUGGACUUAAUUAGCAGGGGAUAAAAGAAUUCACAGUAGCCUUUGCUUGGACG